CUCGUUGCUCAUAUUGCGCAAAGCCAAGAUCACUCGUUUCAAUUUACUACUUGCCAUAAUAAAUAAUUUGUCCCUCCUCGUCCUCCUCCACCACCUAUUAUAUAUCGUUCACAAUGGCUCGUCUCACCUAUACCUUAGGUCUGGCUUCAGCCCUCUUCACUGCGGCCGUGCGAUCAUAUGACGAUUAUGACGAACUUGAGAUUGCCGAUACAGUCCAGGCGGGAGUGUCAACGACGGUCACCGUCAACCUUGAUGAGGAUGACGACGACGACGACGAUGACGACUACAGUGGGUACCGCAUCUACCUUGCGACCACUCCUCCAGGAUGGGGCACCGGACCUGCCUGUUACCUUGUCAACGACACCGACAACGACAUUACCCAGGUUCAGGUGACGAUUCCUGCCUCUGUGGCCCCGGACCAGACAACUCUUUCGCUGUCCCUGUCAGAGCUCUACGACGGGGACGAUUUCGAGUCCUUCUCCUAUUCCAAUGACUUUGUCCUGGAGGGCGGCUCUGGCGAGUGGAGCGCCCUGGAGCUCAACGGAUACAGCAUCACCGAUGCCGAGGCGACGCCUUGUUCGGCUCUGCAGUGCGCCCGAGACUGUGGCAACCAAUAUUAUCCAGAUGGAGUUGGUCCUGACGACAUCGACGAUCCCAGCUACGAAGACUUCUACAACUGCAUCGCGUCCUGCCCCGGUGUGGACAUGCCUUCAUGGGAUGAGGUCACGGGCGACGACGGUGGCGAUGACGGCGGUUAUGGGGACGGUGGUGCUGCCACCUAUACCUACACCUACACGUCCUUUGAAGGGCAUACAAGAACACACGAAUCCGCCCAGGCCACCAAGACGGGCUCGUCUGGCUCGUCAGCUUCAGCUUCAGCUACAACUACUUCUGCCGUCGCCACUUCUACAACUGCCUCCGCGACAUCUUCCGCCGCGUCGUCCUCAACUUCUGCUGUGACUACCAGUUCUGCCAGCCGGCAGUUAUUCUCUUCCUCACUUGUCUUGGGUGUUAUUGUUGCUGCUGCUGCACUCUUCUAAGUACUUUGCAGGGAGGGGACUCGGUGUGAUAGUCUGCUGUGUUAUUAUCCAGAAUGGAAACCUAGAUUGUUGCCCGUCACUGGAGGCAGAUGAGAUAUGUAGUAAUGGUAAUCAAUAUGCAUUGGCCUUGCCAAAUAUUC